UAAUCUCAAUCUUCAGUAACGAAGCAAGGAUCAAGUGGGACGAUUGUUUUCUGUUGUGAUUGUAAACAAAAAUCGCUAAUAUAAUAUAUAAGAAGGGCACAAAGUCUGGUUUUAAUCCCUGGCACACAUGUGAGAAAACAUGAAGAAUCACGGAUUUUACAUAAUAUGUGCUCUAUGCACAUUGGCAUUGCGCGUCGAAGCCCAGUUCCGGCAAAACCAACAGAGAGUACUGUUUAGUCCUCUAAACUUCGACGCUUCCCCAAUAAGUUACCCUACAGAAAGUUACGACAAAUACAUCCAAGACUUACUGAACAGCAGAAGAACAACCAAACCACCACAGACACAGAGUAACAGUAACGGUAUACCCAACAGUAUCAAUGGCAUACCCAAUGGUAAUAGUAACAGUAUACCAAUCAAUGAAAUCCCACAAGCAAGUCUCAGUGUUGAUAACAACAGAUUUAAUGGAAUACAAGCCAACGAUGACGCAUCACCCAUAGCCCUUAACCCCGUAAGAUUUAUGGGAGUUGGUAAAACUGAUGUGGAACAAUUGAACAAUGUCACAUAUGCUAUCACCACUUUUGGAAUUGAUUUGAUGAAGAGUGUGAAUCAUCUACAAACCGGUAAUUUAAUAGUAUCGCCGACAUCUGUGGCGACUGUGUUGGCCCUCCUCCAGCAAGGAACGUUCGGCGAUGCGCAGGAGCAGAUUACGAAGUCAUUGCAAAUGACGGCCGAUGUCACGGCACCCACUUAUAGGAGACUUACGUAUGAUAUGAAAAAACGUAACUCAAGAAACAUCCUCACCGUGUCAAAUAACCUAUUCGUGAGCGACGGUUUCGAAAUAAACCCCGAAUUCAAAGACAGUGCCGUCCAGAACUUCGGCAGCGAAGUGACGUUGAUGGACUUCUCCCGACCUGCCUGGGCUGUCAACCAAAUUAACAAGUGGAUCAGCAUUCAAACACACCAGAGGAUCGAAAAUCUGUUACCACCCAACGCUGUCGGUCACAAUACCCAGAUAGUGAUAGCAAACGCUGUCUAUUUCAAAGGACUAUGGGAAACUAAAUUCAGAAAGGAGGCAACAAAGAAUUUAAUAUUCAACUUGAGUACCGGAGAAACGAAAUCUGUCCCAUUCAUGCGUAUGCGACAUGCAUUCAAAUUUGGUAUUGAACAAGAUACUAGAGCUCGCGUUGUUGUAUUGCCUUUUGAGAGACACCAAUACUCGUUAAUAUUGAUACUGCCGCACCAACUCUCCAACGUUAACACCAUUCUGGGUUCGCUCACCAACAACAAGCUCGUCGGUUACCACAACUUCGAAGAAAUCGAAACCCAGCUGGAGAUACCGAAGUUUACUAUCAAAUCAGACACUAAUCUGGUUCCUGUUUUGAAAUUGAUGGGUAUAACAGGAAUAUUUUCGCGUCAAACUGAUCUAACACGUAUCGGUACGUUCCGCACCCACUCCCCAGAGAUCACCAACGCCAUCCACACUGGCUUUUUGUCUGUAGACGAGCAAGGUUUGUCGGCAUCCGCUGCGACGGGCUUCGCAGCUGUUGCGUUAUCUUACGACGAUCCAUCAGCGACGUUCCGAGCUAACAGACCCUUCUUGGCUGUGCUGUGGGAUACGCAGUUUGCCAUUCCGUUGUUCAUCGCAAGGGUCGAGGAUCCUUCGCUUUAGUACUUUAAUUAUAUAAUUAUAUUUUUAUGUUAAACACCUAUUGGCGUGCCGUAAAAUUGAUUCGAAUGCUGUGACGGCAAACGGUACAAUAUUUUCAUACUGUGAUGCUUCCAGAACACCGCCACGACUCAUUUAUUGUGUGGUGUACUUAUAGUGCCUAGGCAGUAAAAUUGACUCAAAUAUUGUAACGGCAAACGGCACGACGUCAUGACAAUGCUUCCAUUACAACGCUAAGUCGUUUAGUUUGUGGGUAUACCUACUAUAUUAAUUUAGUUGUUUAGAACACUUCGAACACACAAUCAACUCGAACGCCGUGACGGCAAAAGGCACGACGUUGACAUGCCAUGAUGCUUCCACUGCGUCGCCGCACACGACUCCUUUAGUGUGUAUGUAUACCUACUAUAACGUUGAGUUGGAAAACAAAAUGGACUAGAAUGCGGAGACGGCAAACAGCAUGACGUUGUCAUCAGUGGCGUAGCUAGGUAAACAAGGGCCCUGGUGAAAUAAAAAAACGGGCCCUACUACCAUUUAGCUUAGAUGGUAGUGGGACCCAUUUUUUUGGGGUUAGUUUUUAUUAAGUAAAAAUAUUUAUCAGCUUGUUUUCGAAGAUCAGUUCGAUCGUGAUUUCGAGGUAAGGAUUACAGGGCUCCUUUAUCUUGAGGGCCCCGUGGCAUUAAACC